UCUGGCACAAACUCUCCCGUCUACUUUAAUUCAGACUGCUGUUGACAGGUGCUUCCGAUCACCCACGUGAAGGAAACCCAAAUACACAGGGACCAGUUUGUAAACCAGUUACUGGUGAAAUGAUUUUGAACAAUUGAAAAGAAAAUGAGUCUAACAACAGUAUCAGUGAGGACUCUCCUUAUCCUGGGACUUUGUCAAGUAGGACGCCGUGGUCUUGCCUCAGCACCAGAAGUUAAAGAGCAACCCAAGAAAAUAGCGAUAAUCGGAGCUGGUAUCGGCGGAACCGCGGCGGCGUUUUUCCUGCGGCAGGAGUUCGGGCCAGGGGUGAAGAUCGACGUGUUUGAGGCGGGAAAAGUGGGAGGACGUCUGGCGACGGAGAACAUCGGAGGAGAUGACUAUGAGACAGGAGGAUCCAUUAUUCACCCCCUUAACCUUCACAUGAAGCACUUUGUGGAUCAAAUAGGUCUCUCCCCACGGGCGGACGUUCCGUCUAAGGUGGCGAUCUUUGAUGGGAAGGAGCUGACGUUUGAGGAGAGCGACUGGUUCAUUGUCAACGUGUUUCGAAUGCUGUGGCGUUACGGCCUCAACUUUCUCCGCAUGCACAUGUGGGUGGAGAGCAUUUUGGACAAAUUCAUGAGGAUUUAUCAGUAUCAGCAGUUUGGCUACUCGUUCUCUAGCGUGGAGAAGCUGCUUCACGCCAUGGGCGGAGACAGUUUCCUCACUCUGGUCAAUCAGACGCUGGAGGAAGCCAUGCUGGCCGAGGGCUUCUCUCAGGUCUUCCUGAACGACAUGGUGGCGCCCGUCACCCGAGUCAACUACGGGCAGAGCGUCCGCGUCAACGGAUUCGUGGGUGCGGUGUCUCUAGCGGGGGCAGAUUCAGGUCUGUGGGCAGUGGAUGGGGGAAAUAAGAAGGUGUGUUCUGGUCUGCUGUACAACAGCAAAGCUGUGCUCAUCCCAGCCCGGGUAACUGCCAUCUCUGUAAAGCUACGGUCCACCAGAGCUGGGGCCACCACAAACUUUUACGAGGUGAACUAUGUCGAGGAAUCAGGCUCCGCCCACUCUUUCUAUGACAUUGUGAUAGUGGCCACGCCCCUCCAUCAGGACGUGUCUCAGAUCACCUUCUCUGGCCUCUCUCCGCCCAUCCCCUCCACCUUCCCCGGCCAGUACCACCAGACCGUCACCACGCUGGUCCACGGCAUUCUCAACGUGUCUUUCCUGGGCACCAACGCGAAGGCGGCUGACUUCAGAGUGACCGACGUCCUCACCACGGACCAGAAAGGCUCCUUCAUCAACAGCCUGAGUGCCCUGACCCCUGUGCACGUAGCCAAGGGCUACAGGCCCCCCCCGGCCAACCAGCGCAAAGUCUGGAAGGUGUUCUCCCCCCAGCCCCUGUCUGAGGAUCAGCUGAAGCAGAUGUUCCUGUCCUGGGACGAGGUUUCGGAGACGCGUUGGUUGGCGUACCCGUCGUACAGCCCCCCGCAACGCAGGACCCCGCCCUUCAUUCUCCACGACCGCAUCUACUACGUCAACGCCGUGGAGUGGGCCGCCAGCGCCAUGGAGAUGAGCGCCAUCUCCGCCCGUAACGUGGCGCUCCUCGCCCAUCACCGCUGGCACGAGCAGACUGCCAAGAUCGACCAGGAGGACCUCCACACCAGGCUCAGAGGGGAGUUAUAGAGAGACAGAGCAGAGUUAUUUAAUGAGGAGGUAAGGACAGAGAUGUCUUUACUGUAGCUCUAAGGAGGUAGGAGUUUGUUUUGU